AACGAUGCCGAGAGUGUUUCGCAGCCGAUGCGACAUAUUGAUACAAUUAUUGUGAGGUGUAACGAUAAAAAUGCUGAUUAUUUUGCAUAUUGCAGGAUUAGCAGGCUGGCGCAUUUGCGAAAUUGAUGUGAACUUGGGCAUUGUUGAAGCGUUGCCGUCGGCUGAGAGACAGACGUCAACGAAAUGACCACCAGCAGUGAGGAUGUGCUUCUGCAGAUGGGCGAGGUGCGUUACAAGAAGGGCGAUGGCACCCUCUACGUGAUGAACGAGCGUCUGGCGUGGAUGGCGGAGCACCGGGACACGGUGACCGUUUCGCAUCGCUACGCGGACAUCAAAACACAAAAGAUCUCGCCCGACGGCAAGCCAAAGGUGCAGCUGCAGGUGGUGCUGCACGAUGGCAACACAUCCACUUUCCAUUUUGUUAACCGCCAGGGCCAGCCGGCCAUGCUCUCCGAUCGUGACAAGGUCAAGGAGCUGCUGCAGCAGCUGUUGCCAAACUUUAAGCGCAAAGUCGACAAAGAUCUGGAGGACAAGAAUCGUGUACUGGUCGAGAAUCCCAAUUUAUUGCAGCUCUAUAAGGAUCUUGUCAUAACCAAAGUACUUACCAGCGAUGAAUUCUGGGCGACGCACGCCAAAGAUCAUGCACUCAAGAAAAUGGGCAAGAGCCAGGAAAUCGGUGUUUCUGGUGCCUUUUUGGCCGACAUCAAGCCGCAGACGGACGGUUGCAAUGGCCUUAAAUACAAUCUUACCUCAGAUGUCAUACACUGCAUUUUUAAAACAUAUCCCGCCGUUAAGCGCAAGCAUCUGGAGAAUGUGCCGGGCAAAAUGCCUGAAUCCGAGUUCUGGACCAAGUUUUUCCAAUCGCAUUAUUUUCAUCGGGAUCGUCUCACCGCCGGCACCAAGGACAUUUUUACCGAGUGCGGCAAAAUUGACGAUCAGGCCUUGAAGGCGGCAGUGCAGCAGGGUGCCGGUGAUCCGUUGCUGGAUUUGAAGAAGUUCGAGGAUGUGCCGCUGGAGGAGGGCUUUGGAAGCGUUGCCGGCGAUCGUAAUGUGGUUAACAGUGGCAACAUUGUCCAUCAGAACAUGAUCAAGCGCUUCAAUCAGCAUUCCAUCAUGGUGUUGAAGACAUGCGCCACUGUUAAUGCCCCAUCCGGCUCCAUGCCAAAUGGCACAAGCAUGGCAAAUGGACCACUUGGUCAGUCCAGUUACACCAACGGCCUCAAUGGCAAGGCCUCUAAGCACACAGUCGAUACUCCGGUCAGUGAACAAGAUGUGCCGCCAACGAAGAGGCGCCGUGUCAUGGAGAAGAUACGUUACGAAGAUCUGGGCAAUCCGCAGAGCGAAUCAGAUGACGACGCACCACAAUCGUCCAAUAAGGCCAAGCAUUUUGAGCUGUCCAAAGUGGAACGUUACCUAAAUGGUCCCCUGCAAAAUCAAAUGUAUGAAAACCACAGCGACUCACUUGCCUUCGAAUAUGUGCAGUACAAGCUGGUGCGCAACUCAGAGUCUUGGCUGGAUCGCAGUGCCCAGCGAAAUGUUAUAUGCUCCAAGGCGGCCGUUAAUGCUCUAGGUGAGCUCAGUCCAGGCGGCUCUCUUAUGCGUGGAUUUCAGGAGCAGUCGGCGGGGCAGCUGGUGCCACAAGACUUUCAACGCGACCUGCGACACUUGUAUCUGUCGCUGCAGGAGCUUCUCAAACACUUUUGGAACUGCUUUCCACCCACCACGGAGGAGCUGGAGUCCAAACUGCAGCGCAUGCAUGAGACAUUGCAGCGUUUCAAAAUGGCCAAACUAGUGCCUUUCGAGAAUCGUGCUAUGCACGAGCUCUCGCCGUUGCGAUCAUCGCUCACACAACACAUGAACAUGCUGCUGCGCACCGCCAACUCUAAAUUUGCCACAUGGAAGGAGCGCAAGCUGCGCAACAAUAGAUAACAAAUGCAAUGUCCUCACCAACAUUAUUAUCAACUGGAAGUUCUCAUUCAACACGUUCGAUUAGCAGCGCAACGCAUUCAAAUGCAAAUAUGAAUUACGUGCAUAACUAAGAUAUAACCACUGUUUGUAUGUGUGUACUCAUAAAUUUAUACAACAUCA